AUGCCCCAACAACAAGCAUCGAGUCAUUGCUCUUUGUCUAGCAAGGAGACGAUUACUUUGAUACCACACCUUCUUGGCUUUGUCGAAGCCGUAUCAACCACAGAUCCCAUCUCAAUGAAGCUUGCCAACUUUCUGGUGGUGCUCAGCGCUCUCAACCUGGCGCUUCUCAGCGGAGGCGUUCAGGCCGAGCAGCUUUGGAGUAAGUUCAAAAGCCUCGCUUUUUCUUUUGCGGCCUAGACGAGCAAGCCUGAGACAAUGUGACGGUUUGCACUUCAAGAAACCACCAGCAUUCCAGAUGGUUUUGGAUACACUAGUCAACAGAAUGCCUGGACUACUUCCUGCAAAAAGAAGGCUGGCAAUAACGCCAACUUGAGCUACCGUUUCUCGUCUGCUGAGAAUGUCAGCUACGCCUAUUGUGGCAGCAUGUGCGUACUUUUUUGCUGAACAGACUCGCGGAAGCUGGUACUCUGACAGUAGGCCCUCUCUCCCCCGCAGAUUCCAUACAGAUUACGGUCAAGCCGUGGUAAACGAGCUGCAGACAAGCCAUCCAGGCUGGACAUUUGCUAUUGUCUAG